AUGCUGGAUCUUUUGCACUUUGAUUCAGCCUUGUUGUUGAGGUCGCAUGUGCGACUAGGCUUCCUAUCAUCCGUUUAUGGCCUUGCCAGGCUUGACUUCCCACUGUUGAUCUUGGAUCAUGCACAUCUGGGCUCGAGCUUGUUGCCACAAACUUCCUUGCGACUUGGUUCGUCAGUGCUGGUCUACGGAAUCACGAAGUCAGGCUCGUUGUCAUCCGCCUUGGAUUUCAUCAGCUUGGAGCCUCUGCUGUUGAUCCAAUCCUUCUGUCACUUGGGUUUCUUGUCGCCAGCUUAUGGCAUGGUAAGUCUGGGCAGUAUAUUGCCAAUCUCAGAUUUUGCCUUUGGUGGCUCAAGUCCUUUGCUUCAAAGCUUUGCAUGUUUGGGGUCGGCUGUGUUCGCUUAUGGCAUGGUCAGGCUUGAAAGUUCGCUGUCACUGCUGGACCAUGGCAAUUUAGGCUUCUUGCCGUUUCCACACAAUUUUGCCAGACUCGACUUCUCUUUGUUGAUCUAUGGACUGUCAUGUUUGGACUUCCCUCCAUUCCUUUUGGACUACAUGUCCGUGGGUUCCAGCACGUCCAUCCGAAGCUCUUUGCAGCUGGAGCUCACGUUGUCCGUUUACGGCACGACGUGCCUUGAAGCCUUGCCACCUUUGUCGGACUCCAUCGGCAUGGAUUCACUGCUGUUGCCACGCAGCCUCCUUCAGCUGGGAUUCUUCCUUUUGAUUUAUGGCUUGACGCGUUUGGGAUUCACUUUGUUCCCCUUGGAGAUGAUGGAGCUGGGAUCUCCGCCUUCGCUGUACUGA